CCGGGCAAUGAUCGCUUCGGUCUGAACUUUAACCUAGAUUAGGUCCGUUGAAAAGGCUUUUUUUUUCUUCUCCCUUUCCCUUUUUCUGCUUAUGCCUUUAUCCAGACAACGACGAAAUAUUAUCCAAAACUUCUUAAAAGAAAAGCAAACACACACUAAAGAAUGGUUGUGCUGUGGGCAAAAUUUUCAUGAUAUAGAAACGAUUGGAAAACACGUGCAUCAAUAUCAUGAAAAAGAGAUUGUUGAAAGAGAACUACAAGCGCAACAGAAGCUUGAAGAAGCUGCUCAAUUGACAGCGGAUAAUCAAGCUAAUUUACAGAAACUGAAAAGUAGAAGAGGCAACAAAGGCUCUUCCGAUCCGAUAGCUGUAACAUGCAACUGUGACGCCAAUGCAUCAAAAGUCAUUCUUUUCUAUAAAUACGCGCCUGUCGAAGACCCUAUCCAAUUUGCAUUGGAUCAUGAGAAAUAUUGUGCGAAUAUGACAGGAAAAGUCCGCAUUGCUGCUGAAGGCAUUAAUGCAACACUGGCUGGUACCAAUGAGGAUAUCGAUAGGUAUCUCGAUUGGCUUACUCACACUCCUAUUUUCCAACGGGAUCCUACUCUGGAUGAUCUCAAAAGCUCUGUACCAUUAUCCUUGUUGGAUCCACACACCCCUCGUUACAAGUUCUUCAAACCAUCCGCAGGCUGUGUACAUGUCUUUUCUGAACUAUCUGUCAAAGUCGUGGAUGAAAUUUGCCCGUUAGGUGCGUCUUCAGUUGUACUUAGUAAGCUGAAUACGACAGAUCACAAGCACGGCAAGUUGAGCCCUGAAGAUUUUCAUAAAAUACUGGCUCAUCGUCACGAAGAAGACUAUAUUCUACUCGAUACGCGAAACUAUUAUGAAAGUAAAAUUGGGCAUUUCGAGGGCGCUAUCCAACCUCCUAUACGAAAAUUCAGCCAAUUUCCAGAAUUCGUAGAGAGAAAUAAGGAGGCGAUGAAGAACAAGACGAUUUUAACGUACUGCACAGGAGGUAUACGGUGCGAAAAGGCGACAGCUUUUCUAAGAGAAGCUUUACCGAACGAAGAGAUCUUUAUGCUGGAUGGCGGUAUACAUAAUUACUUGGAAUGGUGGAAGCAAAAGGACAAAAAUGCUCAUCCUCUGAACGAGAAAGAAGGGGAGGCGAUAUGGCAAGGUAAAAACUAUGUAUUUGAUGCUCGACAAUCUUUAGGUGUCGACAGUAUAGAUAAUAUUGUUAGCCAAUGCCAAUUUUGUCAUACACCCUGGGAUACUUAUGCCAAAUGCGCUUCUGUUGGCUGUCAUCUUCUCGUACUGUGUUGCGAUGAAUGUAAGAAAACAAAACCAGAACAGAAAGUCUACUGCUGUUCUCAGUGCCAAUCAGCAAAAGCAUCCAAAGAUCUAUGUGCUUGUGAAAAAGAACGUAAAGAAAACGAAAUGAAAAGGCUGGAAAGUCUUAAAGGACCUUUUUAAAAAGAAAUUCUAUCAUGUUUCAAAAGUUAAAUGGUUUUAUGUAUAAAGUGGAAUGAGGUUGGAAUGGAAAAGCGAGCUAAAACAUACAAAAAGUAAAAAAAAAA